AUGCCUCUCCGUUCAGGAGACGGGCGGGUCCUGACCUGGGACAAGAUGUGCACCGAGUUCAUACAGAAGAUCAUCCUUGCCGUCCCUGCCUCGCCGCCCGUGUCCACCAACGACUGUUGGUUCUUCCCCGGCGCCGCCUCCAACAACACCGGAUACCCAGUGAAGAAGUUGGCUGCUCGGGGCGAGGGGAACAAGUGA